GGGUGAUUCUGCCUUGCCAGAGCCCACCAUUUGUGUCGUCGGAGAUACGCGUCAGAACGGGACGGAAGUUGGCUGAGAUGAGACAAAAUCACCACACCACCACACACAGGUUAACAUCCACGGAGAGGAGGAGUUAGCCGUUGAUGUUGCUGCAGCUGGAUGGUGUUGCGGCUUAUGGCAAAAGUAAAAAAUGUGGAAUUUCGACAUCAAGUAGGACGAAUCAUAAAUUCUCCUCCGCUAUUGCAUGCGUUUUCCCUGAUCUCCGGGAGAUGAUGAUGACGGUAUCGGUGGUGAUGUAUAGAAACGGUAGUGGCCUUCCGCGAGGGUUCCUCACAUGACGACAUGGUUGUUGUUAUCGAAUUAACGGAGUGAUUUUUAGUCGCUGAACGGAUCUCGAGAAGUGCGCGUACGGAAUUUAUCGGCUGCUGCAAAUCGUUGCAGUCCAGUGUACUUGUGGAUCAACGCUGCUUUCACCGUUAGACAAAAAAAAAAAGAGCUAAGUCCAACCGAACGGUACAAGAGAGCUCUUUGGAUGCAGAAAAAGUGCAAUCGCUUAGCGAGGAAAAAAUCGCACCGGCAACGUUUGACAAGAACUGUGACGGCGUCCAGAAGGACGACGUUGCGUUGGUGAAGUGCCUGGAUGUGCGGUCAUAGCGAUACUCUGCCAGGACAAGUGCAAAGUUAAUUGAAUUUUUCGAUUUAUCGUGGUAGUCGUUUGGUGGAUGCACUUUCCGCGAAGCUUUUCACUCUGCUGGUCGCGGUUUUGAUCGUGUGAUGUGACAGUGGUUGAGCCAUCUUCAAUUAAUGUGUGCAAUUGGAAAGGAUUAACGACGUGACGUGUGCACAUGUGUGAAACAGUCAGUGCCUUUCGUAUCUAACGGCGAGGAAAAAAGGUCGAACGUUGUUCGAUAACAACGAGAAGUGUUCACGGUGCAUCGUCAAAGAUCAGAUGAGAUAAUUUCGUUCGAUAAUUUGGAGUGCAGGAAAAAAAGUGUCGCGUUUUAGUGGUGCACUAACAACAAAUGAAUGUUUUCGUUUCGCAACAUGGAGGGAUCGACGGUUUUGCAGGAUUCUAAGCAAGGUUUCAACAAGACAUCGAUUGCCGAUUUCUACGACAAAUUGGAAAAGGACGAAAAUGGCCUUCAGAGUGGACGAGGAUUUGGCAUUCCAGACGACACAAGCCAUUCAGCUUUGGCACGGGCGGAAAAUGGACUCUCCGGAAAGACAGAUCAUCGGAGCUCGCCCAUAUCGUGCUACUCUCCGCAGAAUCGAUUGUUGCCUUGGCCCUCGCAGCAUCUGACUCCAGUUAGCGAGGGCGGUAGUGCCAGUGCCCGGAAAGCGCAGAACCUUGGCCUGAUUUGUGUGGUUUGUGGUGAUACCAGUUCCGGAAAACACUACGGAAUUCUUGCCUGCAAUGGAUGUUCUGGAUUCUUCAAGCGCAGCGUUCGCAGAAAACUGAUCUACAGGUGCCAGGCUGGAACUGGUAACUGUACAGUGGACAAGGCGCACCGGAAUCAGUGUCAAGCAUGUCGGUUGAAAAAGUGUCUUAACAUGGGAAUGAAUAAGGAUGCAGUCCAAAAUGAGCGUCAACCACGUAAUACGGCAACAAUCAGACCGGAGGCGCUGCGUGAUAUGGAACAAGGACGUGCCCUACGGGAAGCUGCGGUCGCGGUUGGAGUUUUUGGCCCGCCGGUAUCCCUCGCCCUGCUCUCACCGUCGCGCUACGGUCCCAGCAUCCUGCCAGCCCCAGCGCUUCCAACCAGUCAGUUCCUACACCAUCAUAGCCAAGUUUCGUCGCUGGUCAACAGCUUACCGCAUCACCACCCGCACCAUCCGCACCACGCCAUGCACGGCCUAGCCAACGGACUCUCGCUGGGUCUGAAUGGAGUCAGCGUGGCGAGCCAUAAUGCAUCAGCGGCGGCAGCAGCUGCAGCCAUCGUCAGUGCCAAUAGUAACAACAGCAACAACAACAACAGCCCCCUAGUUAGCAACAACAACCUUAGCUCGACGGAGAAUCUCAACGCCACUCAAUCGUCGAACCAUUCGAACACCAGUGAACAGCACUCGCCCAGUGGGGGUGGAUCUCCGGCGCAUCAAAACUCGAACGGGGGCUGUCCGAAUAGCACCGGUGGGGGAACCGGUCAGGAUAACUCUCCGGUCAAACAGCAUACCCAUAGCACGUCUUCGUGCGGGUCAGCAAGUCCGAUCCUUCAAGAGGACACCGCCAACGAUAAUGAUGAUGAUUCGAUUGACGUUACAAAUGAUGAAGAUGCGGAACCGGUGCAGAGUAAUGUUACCAUCCCAAGUUUGGUGAAUCACCCGCUUUAUGGUCAAAGUCCGAUGUUCAACUUCCAGGAAACCAUUUAUGAGACCAGCGCGAGGCUACUUUUUAUGGCCGUUAAGUGGGCCAAAAAUUUGCCCAGCUUUGCUAGUUUAACUUUUAGGGAUCAGGUUAUCCUGCUAGAAGAAUCUUGGUCAGAACUGUUCCUGCUGAAUGCUAUCCAAUGGUGCAUGCCAAUCGACACUUCAGCUUGUACGUUAUUUUCGCUAAACGAACACUGUUCCAGCGUUAAUAAUUCCGGAGUUUUUAAACCAGGACAGCUUGCACAAGAUUUGCGGGUAUUGAACGACACACUUUGCCGUUUCAAAUCAGUAAUGGUAGACCCGGCAGAGUUUGCUUGCAUGAAAGCCAUCGUUCUGUUUCGUUCCGAGGCUCGUGGUUUGAAGGAUCCAGUUCAAAUCGAAAAUCUACAAGAUCAAGCUCAGGUCAUGCUAGCGCAGCAUUCCCGCACUCAAUUCCCUGGCCAGAUUGCCCGGUUCGGUCGGCUGCUGCUGAUGCUGCCACUGCUUCGAAUCAUCAAUUCGCACAAAAUCGAAUCGAUUUACUUUCAAAAAACAAUCGGAAACACUCCCAUGGAGAAAGUUCUAUGUGAUAUGUACAAAAAUUAGCGAGCAAACCUCGUCCUGUUACUGGCACAGAUCUGUGAAUAUAGAAUUAGUUUAGGCUAAAAUGCACACCGGCUCCAAAACGCAAAUUGCACACCGACUGCUAAAAAUGCACAUUAACCCACUCAACGCCAGCACAGAAUGUGUGGCAAGUGAAUCGAGAGACAGAUUCAAUUAUAGGCUUACCGAGGGACGUUUGUCAAUUUUCAUAACGUUUUCUACCGGCCUUGCAUGCGGGGAAGUAACUGAAAGUGGAAAAAAACGUUGCAGAUAUCUAAAUUGGCGGUUUUGCGUAAUUAUUAGAGUUUGGUUUCAUUUUUUUUUUUGCUCAACCACACCAAGCGUAAUCGUUAUUUAGGAAUCUAGCCACACGGUCAACAAGCCUUCAGAUUUGUUUCAUAAUAUCGAUGGAAAAUAUUUUAAUAUGCGCAAAUAUUGAUGCAUCCUAAUAUUAUGAAAUAAGAUGUUCAAAUAUGCGUUUAUCUUGCCAUAAAUACGUUUCGAGCUGACAAUUUAUUAUAAUUAUCUACACUGCCCAUACUUGUAUAACAGUCCCAUAUUCUAUGGGAUUUCCUAUAUAU